AAAGUAUUGGCUUAUGGAAAUAAUGAAGAAAUGGUUUAAAAAAAAAAGAUAUCAAAUUACCUGGAUAUGGGCAAACGAACAAAUCAUUUCCGAAAGAUGCAUCGUAGUGUUGGUAUUUUCUAUUUUAACUGAUGUGAAGACUGUCUGAAAUUCCCCAGUAUCUGCCAGACAAACUCUACAAAGGAAAUUUUCCAUUUUUUUGAUGUUAAUAACAAUUAAUAAUAUGAUAUAAAUAUGAUGGAAGGAAAAUCUAGAAAUUUCCAGUUUUCCACCUGGAAAAAAAACCAAAACAAAUAGCUGACAGUAAAAUGACAGUGACAAGAAUUUCCAUUUUUGGAUUUCCAGCUUUCAACAACGUUGCCAAAUCUAUGAAAAGUGCCAAGGUAGUCGGUAGAUCGAUUAGAAGGUUUGGCAGCUUUGUUGAAGGCUGCUAAUUUUUAUAAGGCCUAUUUUUUUAAAAUUAAUACUAAUAAUAAUUAUAAAUGAAACAAUGCGUAAUGAGUUAAGAGAAAAAUCCGAAAACCCUUUUGUUCAGGGUUGCCUACAGCCUGCUACCACUGAUUUCUCUAUCUCUUUUCCUCUCUUUAGUUGUAGAGUGCUGCGUCAAAUGAAAAAUUUUGUAUAUCAAAAUCCUCCUACCAGCUACAUGGAGGAAAUUUGUCAUUGUUUACAAACAAUUCUCAUUUUUAUGGUAAUAAUUACUUCAGGCUUCCACACGAUGAACAAUUAAAAACAAAAACAGUAGCUCACUGUCGGGUCGCGAAGCAAGUUCGUAUUUCUCCUGAAACAAAUAAAUUCGAACAAAACAAAAUUAGAAAGUUGCGCCAGCGAUCUCUUUUUUUCUCACUGCCUACUGUGCCUCUGCUUGCUAUCUUUCACUGCUGAGAAAUCAACAUGGCGUUACAUUGCUGAAAAGAUACAAGUAGUGGGACUCGAUUCAGCAGAAAAAACAAAUCAGUUUUGUUCUCUAAUGUUGUGGAUUUCGAAAAAAUUAAGUAAUGUUAAGGUGUAAAUAUUCUAGCAGUGUAGAUUCUGUCAUUAAACUCUACACUUCUAGCAGAUAGCAUAGAGUAAAUUUUGAAAAAAAUCUGCCGAAAUGGCAGACAACGGCCAAGGGCAAACGGUUGAAUACCAGUGGGCCUACUCGAUAAUGGAUUCCAGUAGGGUAUCAACUUUUUUAAUUUCGAUGCUCUUGAUCGUCUACGGAAGCUUCAGGAGUUUAAAUAUGGAACAAGAGGCUAGAGAGAAGGCUCACGGGUCUACAAACUGUCUUUUAAACCCUUCCCAGAGCGUUCCGGUAGAGAAUAAUGUGCAAACUUUGGAUACCAUGCACGCACUUUGUUUACCUUUAGGAGCCAGUGUCUCUUUGCUCGUGAUGUUCUUUUUCUUUGAUUCUAUGCAGAUGCUUUUCGCUAUUUGUACGGCAAUUAUCGCCACAGUCGCCCUAGCCUUCCUCCUUCUUCCCAUGUGCCAGUACAUUAUCAGACCAUGUUCGGAUGGAACCAAAAUCUCAUUUGGAGUCUGUGGCAGGUUUACGGCAGCUGAACUUUUGUCAUUUUCAUUGUCAGUCUUCAUAGUGUGCAUAUGGGUUUUAACAGGUCAUUGGCUACUAAUGGACGCAAUGGGCAUGGGUCUUUGUGUAGCCUUCAUAGCGUUUGUCCGAUUACCCAGCCUCAAAGUAUCCACUCUACUAUUGACUGGUUUGCUAAUCUACGAUGUCUUUUGGGUGUUUUUCUCCUCCUACAUAUUCAGCGCCAACGUUAUGGUUAAAGUAGCCACCAGGCCUGCGGAAAACCCUGUAGGACUAGUGGCUAGGAAAUUGCAUAUAGGCGGUGUUGCCAAGGAGGCACCCAAACUUAGCUUACCUGGGAAAUUAGUGUUUCCUAGUAUUCAUAAUAGUGGACAUUUCAGUAUGUUAGGUCUGGGCGAUAUAGUGAUGCCAGGUCUUCUCCUAUGUUUCGUCCUGCGCUACGACGCCUACAAAAAAUCUCAAGGUUUGGCCCCGCCUGGCUCUAAGCUGACCUACUUCCAUUGUUCCUUACUAGGAUAUUUUUUGGGCCUCUUAACUGCCACCGUCAGUUCGGAGGUUUUCAAAGCGGCGCAACCGGCGCUGCUCUAUUUGGUUCCGUUCACGUUGUUGCCGUUGUUGACAAUGGCUUAUCUCAGGGGUGAUUUGAGAAGAAUGUGGUCGGAACCUUUCAAGUCUUUAAGUGUGGCAAAACAUUUGCAAGACGUGUGAUAAAAACUGGAUGGUACAACCGUUACUAUAUUGUAGGAAAUAUUCUACUGGGUACUAGACUCUCUGUCUCACGUAAAGUGGACAAACUGAAUGUGAAAAGAGCGAAUCAUAAUUCACACACAGACAUUUUUUUUCAAAUUGCCUAGUUUUAAGCGAAAAAAAAGAGAAAUUAUUCUUGGCAGUUCCUACGUUCCAAAAUUUGUUAAUAUUUGAACAAAAAAAAAAAAAACUUUGUUGUAAAAGUUUAAGUUAUGAACACAUGACAAUUAUUCUUUUUAAUUGGUGAUAUUUCCUCUUUGAACACCUUUACAGUGUGUUCGCAACAUCAAACGAAUAUUGCAUUUAUUAAAGCGUUACAAAUUGAAAUAUUAUUAUUAUGCGAAGACUGAAUUUAUUUUGAACAAUCAGACGAACUAAAAAAAAAAGAAAACAGAACAAAAAUACUAUUAAUGACGACAUGAAAACUUAAUUAUAGUCAAAUAAGUAAAUGUUGUAGAAAUGUAUUAUGUUUGUUGAAACAAUAUGGUAAAUUUUAUACUUCAAAUUAGAUAAUUAAAUAAUGACAGUUCUAUCACUCUCUAGGCUUGCAAAAAAGUCAAUAUUAUAUUAUAUAAUACUUCACAAGCUGUAUAGUUAUAUAAAAUUCUUUGACAGAAUCUCUUUUUAAUGAGUGUAUUUAUUUUACGUGAUAAAAGUAAUUCACUCAUUUUCACAGCUCAAAGAGAAAAUGUCCUUGUCUCAUAUUUAGUUGUUUUUCUGUGAUAGGAAUUAAAAGUCUUUCUAUUUUGUUAAGUAAAAAUUUCUGGUAGACUCAUAAAUUUAUGGUUAUAGGCUGGCUAGAAAUGCUUAAAUCGUUGAUUUUUGCUCUACGCUUUCUAAUCAUCACUUUUAAUUUCGAUUUAGAAUAUUUUCCGUCAAUAUUAAAAUUAAUAAAUUUUAUAAAAGUUUCAUGUACUGCUACCUACUAAUUUAGAAUGUAGUGUUGUGUUUUUAUUUUUUGGUUCAUUUCAUUAAUUUUAUUAUUAUCAUCAUCUUUGUAAAUAUUCAUUGAUCGUUUAGCUUUUUAACAAAAAAAAAAAGACACAAAGAAGGCCAUUUUGUUUUGUUUUUUUUUUUAUAAUGCAUCAUUGCCAGUUUUUGCAGGCAUUUGAAGAUUUCUCUUUACUAAAUCCUCAAAUGUCUUGAUAUAGUAUCUGAAAUAACAUUUCUGCUCCUAUGAUUUUUUCAUAUUAUUUAUGAUUAAUUAAUUGCUUUACAUUACAGUGAAAAAAUUUAAUAUUUAGCUUGUAAGUACAAGUACCUUUUUUUUGUGUUACAUUGUUUUUUUAUAUCUAAAAAUAAUUUAAAUUAAAUUAAUAUACAUAAUAUAACUAUUGUUUUAUUCAAAUUGUUUUGUGCCAAAAAAAAAAUAUUUAUAAGAAAACAUAUAUUCCGAUUCUAGCUAGUUUAUUCUUUUAUAAUCUAAUAUUCAUUAACGCAGCAACAUUUUUCAUUAACGCAGAUUCCGUUCGAUUCUCCUUUUCGGAUGCAUUGUUGGCGACAAAGUUCCGAUUCGUAUCCUGUAGAUCCUGCGCAUACGUCUUUUGGUUCAUCUA